CAACAGGAAAAAUUCCAGGAAAUAUGCGCCAGGAGACUGGGAUCAGGAUUUGAGAUCACAUGCUUGUCAUGGCGUUCAACUUCCUCUGAAGGAAACCUACGAAUUGUAGUCGGAACUAGAGACAAAAUGGUUCAGGUUCUGACGCUCAACACAAGCUCGCAGCUCCAGCCCGUCUUCGCAGUGCGACUUGAAAAUACGGUGCCCAAGUCGGUAGUGUUCGCAGACAACCGGAGCAUCUAUGUGUUCGGGCUCUAUGAUGGCACCUUUUUU